CGCUGAACUUCGAACGGGUUGUCGCAGUUGCGUCAUGGGAGCGCGGUCCAGCGUUCGACCGGCAGCCACGAUGGAGCUUCCAACCGUCUCCUCCACUUCCACCAGUCGCGUGCACCGUUCGCUGGGGAAUUUGGUGCCCCGUCGGUUUAGUCGCACCGUGGACGCAGAGAGCUUUGGCAGCUUCGUGCUCGAGCAAGGGUCGCUGUCGUGGCAAAUCAACCGGCACAAGACCAAAACGUUUGACCCAGACUCGAUGCAAGCGUCAAUAUGGAACACGUGGCUGCUGUUCGUCGUGCUGUACGACGCAUGGGUUGUCCCUCUGGUACUGUGCUUCGACGUGAUCAAUCCAGAUAUUUGCCACGAAGCAUGGCUCACCACAGCCCUGAUGGCGUUUGAGUUCUUCUUCAUCGCGGACAUCUAUGUGCAGAUGCACACAGGGUACUACAUUGCAGGCGACCUCGUGCGAUCUCCAGCCAGCACCCGUCGGCGGUACAUGUCGUCAUACCAAUUCCCCAUCGACGUACUCGCGUUGAUUCCACUGCCGUUCUUCUCCAUCGUUCCGUCCACCAACCACGCUGCGUCGUGUGGCUUGGUGCUUCUCAACAAACUGCUGCGCUUGCGACGUAUACCAGCGUACACGUUGGAUUUUGACAAGGUGUUUGCCAUGCACUUUAAGUUUUGCAAAGUCGUGAAAGUGGUCGUGGUGUCGUUCUACAGCUGCCACUACUUGGCGUGUCUGUACGUGUCGUUUGGAAAGGCCACGGGUGACCGCGGCGACCUCGCCGAAGACGACGUGUGGAAGAUCCGCGAUCACUCGGAGGAAGGGCACCAUCGGCUGCCCACAGAGUACUUUGCCGCCCUCUUCUGGUCGCUUGGUCUUGUGUCCAAGUGUUUAGAGGGGGAAAUACCGAGGACGUUGCUGCAGUCGAUCUUCAUGGCGGUCGUAACCAUGGGCGGGUUUCUCCUCUUUGUGUACAUUUGCGGCACGUUGUUUAUGAUCUCCAAGUGUGAUGCCAACAGCGCCGAACGCUUUGACGCCAAGUUGAAUCAGCUGCGGUAUGUCUUGUCGUUUCACCAUGUCCCACACGACAUCCAGGAGCGUGCGAUGGAGUUCUUGGAGAACGGCUUCAAGAGCGGCGACGCCAACGACCGCAACACGAUGAAGCUGCUGUGUCCGUCGAUUGCCAAAGACGUCAAGUUCACAUUGCUCAAGUCCAUGGUGGCCAACGUGCCGUUUUUCAAAUGCUGCAACGCCGCCUUCACACGCGCGUUGAUCGACUUGAUGGAAACGCAGUCCCUCCCCACAAAUUACCUCGUGUGCAGCAAAGGCGAGCAAGGGGAAGAGAUGUACUUUGUCCAGUCAGGGGUGCUGGCCGUCCUCAUCAACGAGAUCAAAGUGCGAGAGUUGCGCAAGGGAGGAUUCUUUGGCGAGUUGUCGCUGUUUACCAACCAAGUGCGAACGGCCAACGUGGUCACAUCCACGUUUUGCAUUGUGCACAAGCUGUCGCGGUCGCACGUUCGUCGGGUGUUGCGGGCGUAUCCCCAGUUUGAGACGCAAAUUCUGGCCUGCGUGAAAGCGCUGUUGCAGGAAAUGGACCUUCAGAACGACCGAGUCGCAAGACGACGCGUGAGUUCCAUGCGUCCGGAAACGGUCACCAAGCGAGCCCAAGCGUACGAGAACUUUGUCAAGAAGGACCUAAGAGGGGGCGGCGGCGACCAGGGGUCUGCGGCCAGCUCUCGGCGGAUGAGCCACCGGUUUGUCGACAACAUUCUGGUGUCCCCGACCUCCAACGACAUACGACCGGCAAGCCAUUUUGUUUUACGAGAACACCCCGUUGCAUCCGUCAAGGCGUAUUUGCGUCGGUCGACUCGGAUUUUGCACUGGAAGCAACUGUUGAUGCCAUCAGCCAUCAAUCGCAAGUCUCGCCUGCGCCUGGUUUGGUUGUUCUGUAUCAUGGCCACGACCCUGUACAACGUGUUCAUGGUGGCCCUGCUCAACACGUUUCAGCUGCUGGGGUACCCGGUGUCGAUCCUCGUCCUCAACACAUUGGCAGAUGUCGUGUUGUACUUGGAUAUCUACGGCAAGUUCAAUUUGUCGUUUGUCGAAGAAGCCGAGCAAAUCAUGGACACGGCCAAAUGCGCCCGGCACUACCUGCACACGUCCUUCUACUUUGAUGUCAUGUGUGCACUGCCAUUGUGGGUUCUAUACCCGCAUCUCCACCUCAAGUUUCGCUUUGUGCGGAUGCUUCGGUUUUACACGUUCAACGACGAGCUUGAAGAAGUGUCGCUGUUCAUCCGCAUCAACAGCCGGCGGCGCAUUUUCGUGCUGGGCGUGGGGCUGUUCCUGUGCUACCACAUCGCAGGGUGCAUGGCCCAUUCCCUCGUGUACGUGAUGGGCUUUGAUGCCAGUGGCCACGGGUGGCUGCCCCCCAAGUCCCUCCAACUCGAACCAAUUAUCAAUGCCACGACCGGCGACCUCGUCGGGUACGACUACAUGGACGGCGCCCGCUUCGUGGCGGUGGGGGACCCGUUCGUCCACCACAUUGUGCUCGAGCAGUACUUUCGGGCGCUGCAGUAUGGUGCCGUGUGCUUGACCAACCUGGGGCGUACGCUCGAGCCGGAAAACCUGUGGGAGUUCAUCUUGGCGUUUGUGCUCAUGUUGUGCGGCAUGCUGCUGAUUUCGAUCAUCAUCGACGAAGUGCAAAAGCGAGUGACCGCGUCCGCGAUUGAACAGAUGGAGUUUUUGUCCACACGAUCGCGCAUCCUUCACUUUUUGCAAAAGCAAAAGGCCCCAUUGGACAUGCAUCGGCGCGUGUCAUCGUACUUGGACUUUUGGUGGAGUGCCCACCGUGGCGCCAACAUCAACGAAUUGUUAGGCGAGUUGCCCAACAGCUUGCAGCGCGAGAUUUACAAAUUCGUUUGCUCCCCCGUGCUCGAUGUGAUUCAACGCAUGGACAAAAUCGGGGGAAACAUCGAGCGGGUGACGGGGCUUCUCCUCGACAACUUGGUCAUUCACUUGUACGGACAAGGGGAAGUGAUCUACCGGCGAGGCGACAGCGCCGACACGCUGUUCAUCCUGCUGGUCGGACAAUGCGGAGUCGGCCACAACCCCCGCAGCUCGGCCACUCGACCCGUUCGAGCGCUCAAACACGGUGAUUUCUUUGGCGUGUCGAGCCUGGAAUUGGACAACGAGAACGUUGUGCACAGCGACCAAGCACUAGCUCGAAGCGCGUGUGUGAUUGCAAUGGUGAGUCGGUCCACGCUGUUGCUCAUAGACCACACGUUCCCGACGUUCUGCUCGUCGCUUUUGCACCGGGAGAUCAAGCGAUUUGGAGAACAUCGCGCCAUGUCCAAGUUAUUGGACCCCCAGGAACUAGUGUCGAUGGGCAAGACGAAGAUGCCGGCGGCAAUCAACCCCGACUCGAACUUUUCCCUGUUUUGGGAGACGCUUCUGUUUUUUGGGAUGGUGUUCCAGAGCAUCGGGGUGCCGUUCUACAUGGCAUUCGGGUUUAGUGAGGAAGGGAUUGGACCGUCCGACGGCAUCUCCAUCCUGCUUGAAACGUGCUUUCUCGCAGACAUUGUGCUGAAAACGCGCACGGGGUACGAUUAUUACGGUAACAAGGUCAUGGACGUGGUGCGCAUUCGGCAGCGGUACCUGCGGUCGCUCAACUUCUUCAUCGACGUGGUGGCGGUGAUGCCCCUCAACUUGGUGAAUAUCUCUCGCGCGACGCGAUCCGAGGCGUGGAACAUCAACAAGUUGCUUCGGCUGUUCAAACUCUCGUCGCAGAUUGAACAUCUGGAGCGGCACUACUACACGAUCAACAUCCAAAUCCGUGUGUUCAAGCUCGUGUUUUACAUUUACUUGUUGGCGCAUUACAUUGGCUGUAUGUGGUACAACUUUGCCAGCAAUGCGUCGACGUUCUUUGGGUUCAUUCAAGAAACGCAGUUCGGACACGAUCCGUGGCUCCCUGGCAAGAAGCUCGACCUGAACAACACGGAUCACUCGACGUUUUGGAAGUACUCGCACGCGCUGUACUGGGGUCUCGGGCUCCUGCUUGGCUUUGAACCCGGGCAGUUCCCCGAAACCGUGCUCGAAUACAUGUACACGAUGAUCGUUCAAACGAUUGGUGUGUUCUUGUUGGCGUACGUUGUGGGCAACUUGCUCGACAUUGUCCAAGUGAUGGAAGGCAACAACCGCGAGUUUUUUAGCAACCUCAACUACGUGCGCAAACUCAUAACGUAUUUUGACUUUACACCCGACGUCCAGGCCAAGAUCCAGCACUUUUAUUUUUACCGGCUCUUUCACAGCAUCCACGAAGAGCACGUGUUGGCGCACUGCUUGGCGCCGUCGCUCGUUGCCGACAUCCGGCUGUUCCUGCUCACGCCCAUGCUCAACAAAGUGCCGUUCUUUCGCGACGAGAACGCCAACUCGACCGUCACGCGGUCGCUCGUUCGGCUUUUGUAUCAAAUUCUAGUCACCCGCGGUGAAGUCGUGUGCCGGCAAAACGAGAUUGGCGUUGAAAUGUACUUCAUUUUCACGGGCUGCCUCGAAGUGUUUGUGGUGACGACCGCCUCGGCCGUGUCGGACGGGUUCCACGAAGUAGGCUCGCCCCAUCGAGGGCUCAAAGUAAACGAGCUCCAGGCGGGGUCGUUCUUUGGGGAGAAGUCGCUCUUUUCUGACCAACCGCGCAACGCGUCGAUUCAAGCCAAGACAUUUUGCACGUUGUAUCGAUUGUCGAGAAAGCACUUGGAAUCGGUGUUUGUCCAACACCCCGAGUGGAAGGGCAAAGUCAUGGACAUUGUGAGCGCCAUCUACGAAAAACAGCAAGCCAAAAUCGAUCAAGACAAGCAAGAGAAGGCGCGUGUCGACAGCGAGGGCGUUGGGCGGGCCACCAAUAGUCACCAGAGCCCGUACGACGACCACGACCACAGCACGAACAACGGGCGGUUUCACCGCAUUUUGGGAGGUCGGCAGUCGGCGUCCAAGGGGGAUUCGGAUGACCAUGCCGCCGCCACUGGCGCUGCCACGUCAUCAUCAUCCUCCGCUUUGCAAUCGUGGAUGCACCGGACCCUCAACCAGCUAAAACUCGUCGAAGUGCAAUCUCCGUUUUACACACGGUACUUGAACUUUCUAAGCGUGUCGCUCUUGUACACGGCGCUCAGCGUGCCGUAUUUUGUCACGUUUGGCCGCGAUCGAAAGAUGUCGACCAUCUCGCUGGUCGUAUUGGUGUUGGACGUGGCCACGGACGUCGUGUUCGCGUACGACAUAUGGUUCAAGCGCAAUGUGGUGGAGACGGUGGCAUCUCGGGAGUUUUACGAGCACCGCAUCACACGCGACCGAGCCGACGUCGUGCUGGACGUUCUGACACUACUGCCACUGGACUACUUGUUUUCGUCGGUCGUAUCGAAUUCUGCCGUGCUCCGUGUGAACCGCUUUAUAAAGCUCCGUCAACUGACCCACACGAUCAGCGAAAUCCAUCGCUUUAGCAUGUCGUAUGAAGUGAAUCGCCUCAAAUUGCUGGCGCUGUACUAUUUCAUCAUUUGCUACUGGACUGCGUGUGCGUAUUUUGGGUUGACAAUCGUCGUGGGGUUUAGUGCCGAGUGGAACUCGUCGCUCCCGGUUGAGUACUUCAAUUCGCAAAACCAUGCCGACGAGUACAAUGUUGGGUUUGCCUUUCACCAGUUCCUGCGCUGUUUUUACUACUCGGCGACCAUGUACACGGGUGUUGGCCUUGUGUACGAGCCCCAUGCGAUCUUGGACUUCUUGGUGUUGUACCUUGUGUCUGUGUUUGGUGUGUUUUUGAUGGGGUAUGUUAUCGGCGAAGCGUCGACGCUAUGCAUUUACCUCAUCCAGAACGAAGUCGAGUUCAAGAUCAACCAGAUGAACAUCAUGGAGUUCUUGGUGCGCAAACGCAUGGACCGAUCGGUGCAUUCCAGAGUGCACAUGUACCUGUCAUACUGGUGGUCCACGCAACAAGGGGUGGCAUACCAGUCGAUCCUCGAACAAUUGCCGCCGCGCAUUCGCUCCCAAGCAUACAUUCAAAUGGCGCGGUUGAGCUUGGCUCGGUUUUCCAUGCGAUACAUUCGGCCCUUGUGCGACGAGUCUAUGGGUUUGGACCCGGUCAUGCACAGCAUUGUGCAUCGCUUGGUCUUUGAAGGCUACCCGGCGGGCGAAUCGGUGAUCGUCCAAGGCAACAUUGGCCAGACCAUGUACUUUGUCUCCAAGGGCAAUUUGAUCACGGCGUCGCCAACCCCUGAUUUCUGCUCGACACGAUAUGUCGACGGUCAGUUUUUUGGCGAGGAAGGUUUCCUCGCCUCGAGCUUUUGCCGGCACUCUGUCGUGACACUCCGCGCGUGUGACCUGCUCGCGCUUUCCUCCAUUGACUUCCUUGUGGCGCUCAGUGAGCACCCGCGAUUUGCAGAGUGCGUGGGAAUCGCGUGGGACACGAUUGCCAACCAUAACAUUUCGCUGAAGGAUUUGCAUGGCGCGAGCGACGUGGGGAACUUUGUAUACAACAUGAUGGAGCGAAAGAAAUCGGGGUUGCGCUUUGUCAGGAUUCCGUCCAUCGAUCGCGCCGAAGUCAUGUUUCGGCACUUUUUGCGGCUCUUUGUCCGCCAAAUGCCCGACAACAUGGUGUACGACGACGGUGCAAACAUGCAGCAGCAUGACACGCAAGCGCUGUGUCAGCAUUGCGAGGACGUCCAGGCGACCGUGUAUUGCAACCUGUGUCCACAGGCAUUGUGCGACGAAUGCUCGCGCCAUAUCCACGAAAAUACCCACUUUGCUCAGCAUGUGGACACCAUCACAAAACUGCACACUGCAACGUUGCUGCCACCCGAAUCUCAGCGGAAAUCGAGUGGCUAUCGAAUCAUGCGCAUCGUGCAGUCGCUGCAAGUGCUCAAGAACGACCACGUCGUGAUGCCAUCCCACCUCGCAGUCGACGGCGAAAACAGCGACGUGUCCAAGCGAUCCAAACGGAGCAUUCAAAUCACCAGGUCCAUGUUGGUGGAGGCAGACACUCGGAAAGGCACCCUCAAGGACCUGCAACGCGCCAACUCGCGCAGAGGGUCUCGGAAACACUCGAUGCCUCGAUCCCCGCCCCCCAUCGCCCCCGGCCACAUGAUCGAUAACAAAGUCGUCGAGGAGUUCAAACGCGACUUGUUGAACAGGCCAUCGCUGGUCCUGAACCCUGCACCAUCCGAACCAACGAAUGCUGUGACAGGUCCUGUAGCGGGAUUGAUUGUCGCCCCCCUUCCCCAGCCGCCCGUGGAAAUCGUCAUGGACGGAGCCACCGACUCGCUUCGCUUGAAUUCGCUGCAAGUGAACACCGAAGGGACGACACCAAUAAACUAGCUACGAAUGAACAAAAACACCGCAAAUAGUGUGAUUGCGUGAA